GUGUUGUUUUCUGCUGCCAUGUUUUACAUCCUUGUGACACAUACGUGUGUGCAUGUGUGUGGUUUGAUUAAUUUCAAACAUUGCUUACCAGACGUGUGCCAAUGUUAAGUGCUGACAAUCGCCAAAAGCUCUGUUUGUGUGUGUCGCUUCCAUCUGUGUGUGAUAAAUUGCAAGAAGAAAAUAGAAAACCGUAUAUUCCAACUCAGUGAUUCAAUACUAAAUGUGUGUCUCUUGGUUUUUCGGAUUCACUGCGCAAAAUGGAUACAUGAAAGUUGUGUGUGUGUUUGAACCUUCGCCUUGUUAUUCUUCACUGAUAUUAUCCAGUAGUGUGUGCUCUACCUUUAACUAGAUAGCGGGUGUGUUACCGCUAGUUUUCAAAAGAACAGGUAGAGUGCUGGCUUUACGUCCGUGCUAUCAAACACAGGUUGACUGCUAAUACAAGCAUAAGAUUACAGAUGAAAGACUUCUCGGUCUUUGUUACUUUUAGUUACGGUCCACUUUAUCUCUUAAUAACUGUCAAGAAUUCGUGCAGUAACAUUCACAUAUCGUUAGAUUUAAUAAUACUAUUAAUGCUAAAUUGAAUAGGGUCUACAUCAAAAACAGAAGGGGAAAAAAAAACUCUUACCAGGGAAGAAGAAACCUAUAUCUAUGCGAGUCAGUAACGAUUGUGUUAAACAAGGAAAGAGUCACAUUGCUAGUUGGCUUCAAAUAUUGGAAGAGGCCAUUUGUUGUUACCCCUAAGUAAUUGCAUCCUGCAUAUCAUUACUGUGAAUGCCAAAAGUAAUCUGUGAUCCAAAAACUCAGUAAUGAAUACGAUUAGAAGCGCUAUUCUCGAUAACAAUAUUUUGAGAAGCAGGGGUAGCUACUCUAAAUUGCCCGUAACAGACGAAGAGAAUGCUGACAAUGAUGGCGACGACAAGGAAGAAUUUCGAAAUGAAAGUGAUCAAACCGAUGACGAGCGUGACUACAUGCUGUAUGGGAGACGAUCAGGGUCCAGCAACAUCAUGGACACCCUGGACGAUCUCCCCCCGGGCAUUGGGCAGUACGACGACUUCCACACCAUCGACUGGCUCCGUGACAUUGCCCGGGACCGCAUGCGUCACCGGCACAUCGUGAAGAAGAGACAGGAGGGAUGCUGGGAGCAAGUGAAAGGCGCCCAUGACGCCUGGUCAGGAUGGGUGUGUGUGCUCUUAGUUGGAGUCGCAGCAGGCACUUGUGCAGGCAUCAUAGACAUUGGUUCCUCUUGGAUGUCAGACUUAAAGGAAGGUGUAUGUCUGGAGGCAUUCUGGUUUAACAGAGAACAGUGCUGUUGGAGUGGACCCAGUCUCAAUUCAACUUCCAUGAAUGAGGACUCAGACUGUGAUCAGUGGUAUUCAUGGGGUCGAAUGAUGGGCAGUGGUGCUGGUGGUGCAGGCUCCUACAUAAUAGGCUACUUGUUCUACAUCCUCUGGGCAUUGUUGUUUGGUGUGUUGGCUGCUCUCUUGGUCAGAAUGUUUGCACCUUAUGCUUGUGGUUCUGGUAUACCUGAGAUUAAAACAAUUCUGAGUGGUUUCAUUAUCCGUGGCUACUUGGGCAAGUGGACACUCCUCAUCAAGUCAUUAGGCAUGAUGUUGUCUGUGGCAGCAGGUCUCAGCCUGGGUAAAGAAGGUCCUUUUGUCCAUGUGGCCUGUUGUUGUGGCAACAUUUUCUCCUACCUCUUUCCAAAGUAUGGGAGAAAUGAAGCCAAGAAAAGGGAAGUUUUGUCUGCAGCUGCAGCAGCUGGUGUGAGUGUGGCUUUUGGUGCCCCUAUUGGUGGAGUACUCUUUAGUUUGGAAGAGGUCAGUUACUACUUCCCACUGAAAACAUUAUGGAGAUCUUUCUUCUGUGCACUGAUUGCUGCAUUUAUCUUGAGAUCCAUCAAUCCCUUUGGCAAUGACCAUUUGGUGAUGUUCUCUAUAGACUACAAUGAACCUUGGACCUUGCAGGAGUUGAUUCCCUUUAUUCUCAUUGGAGCACUUGGGGGUCUCUUUGGUAAAUUCUUCAUCAAGUUUAACAUCAUGUGGUGUAGAUAUAGGAAGAUGUCUCGCCUUGGAAACUAUCCAAUCUUUGAGGUGCUUGGCAUUGUCUUUAUUACUGCCUUGCUCAGUUACCCCAAUCCAUAUACCAGGAUGAACUCCAGUGAACUUAUUAGACUCCUAGUCAGUCGCUGUGGACCAGAGGAUGAUACAGAAAUUUGUGAUUAUAAGCGAAGCAGCAAUAUAACUGACCCGUUCAAGUGGUCUGCAUUAGCUGGUGCAGGUGUGGGAAGUGCAGUUUGGAAACUGGCCCUGGCACUCAUCUUUAAGAUGAUUAUAACCAUUUUUACAUUUGGUAUUAAGAUUCCAGCUGGUUUGUUUAUUCCCAGCAUGGCAGUGGGUUCAAUCAUAGGGAGAAUUGUAGGCAUUGGUGUGGAGCAAUUAGUUGUGAACAAUGCUAACAGUGUGUUCUUUUCCAAUAUUUGUGAGUCCCAAGGUAAAUGUAUCAUCACACCAGGACUCUACGCCAUGGUGGGGGCUGCAGCUGCCCUUGGUGGAGUCACACGUAUGACAGUUUCACUUGUGGUCAUCAUGUUUGAAUUGACCGGUGGUCUGGAGUACAUUGUCCCCAUGAUGGCUGCUGCAAUGACCAGCAAGUGGGUUGGUGAUGCCCUAGGUAGAGAAAGUAUUUAUGAUGCUCACAUAGCCCUCAAUGGAUAUCCAUACCUUGACCACAAGGAAGAGUUUACACAUACAACAAUAGCAGCUGAUGUCAUGAGGCCACGCUACUGGCGCUAUGGAACUGGCGUGAGAAAUGAUCCCCCACUGGCAGUCAUCACUCAGGACUCUAUGACAGUGGAAGAAACUGAGAGUCUACUGAGGAAUACAGAGCAUAAUGGCUUUCCUGUGGUGGUCUCCAGGGAGUCUCAAUAUUUGGUAGGGUUUGUGCUUAGAAGGGAUCUCAAUCUAGCCAUUGCCAAUGCUCGCAAAACAUCAGAAGGUGUGGUCAGUAACUCUAUCAUCUAUUUUACUGGACAUGUCCCAGUUGACCCCAAUGGACCAGCACCACUGAAAUUGAGAAAAAUUUUAGACAUGGCUCCAGUGACCAUAACUGACCAGACGCCAAUGGAGACAGUAGUGGAAAUGUUCAGGAAAUUGGGACUUAGACAAACAUUGGUCACUCACAAUGGCCGCCUGCUUGGUAUCAUCACCAAGAAAGAUGUCCUUCGACACAUUGCUCAGCUGAGGAACCAGGACCCAGAGUCUAUUCUCUUCAACUAGAUCUGUCUGUUGGCACUAUGGAUGUGUUUGAGUUAAUAUCCUUAGUCAGGGAUUGACACUCUGUCAUGAAAGAUGUCACAGGACUCGCGACAUCAGCUCAAGCUGCUUUUUAGGUCUGCACAAACUUUUGAAGUCUGCUUAGCAUGUUCUGGUGUAUUUUUUUAAAAAGGGUGACAAAAUUAUUUUGGCUUCAAUUGCAGCCUUUUUUUUUUUUGACUCCUGUUUGUUUGUAUUUUGACUGGAUGAGCUAUGUAGUAGUAGACCACGAGGGCAAUUAGUUUGUGUUUGUGUUAAAUAGCUUGUGAGGCCUAGCCAGUGUUUGUGUUUGUGUUAAAUAGCUUGUGAGGCCUAGCCAGUGUUUCAUUGCUAAUAAUCUUCUGAUCUUGCCCUCUUUCACAUGUCUAAAAAGUUGUGUUUUUUUUUUCUAAAGUUUUAUUGAAGCUAGUGCAGAAUAAGUGUCAAUCUCCAUCAUAAUCUUGGAUUCCUUUUUUUUUGGGGGAUAAACUUAAAUUUCAUAAGCAUUCCAUUAAGGUCAUGUAUUAGAUGUCAUGUCAUGUUGAUAAUUACAAUUAGUUUUGCAACACUCGCUACAUUAUUACAGGAAAGUGUGUUUCAUUUGGUGCAUUCAUUCAUUGGCACUGAUAAACCUGACUACCAAUUGGAAAUAACUUGAGUGUACUACAUCACCAGAGUCACAUAUGACCCACAAAAUAGAUAGUCAAUUUAACAAAUGCUCAAACAGUUGCUCAUAGUGAACCUCUAUGAUAUAAAGACUUCAGACCUAUCAUUCUAAAAUCAUUGCUAUUUACUUCAUUUUGUUGUAUAUUGGUUGUAUAUUGCACUACAGAAUGUCAUGUCGUUAAAAACUGUAGUGAAGGCUAAAGGUCAUAGUAGUCAAUUUCUUCUCUAAUAAUUCUUAAACUAUUUUUCUUUCAUGUGAAGUGACUAUACAUUCUAAGAAGCAUGUUUCUGGUCAAAUGAAGUGACAAUAAUAAUAAUAAUAAUAAUCUAUAUUAUCUAUAAGGACAUUUUGUCUUACUAUUAGUGCUUUACACCAAACCAAACAUUAUAACUAUAGAAAACCAAACUAUACAUUGACACCAGAACCAGUUUACUUGCAUACAUUGUGCUGGUCUAAAAUAGGUUUUUCUUAGUUGUUGUUGUCUAAUAGACUACUUGUAAAUGGAAAUCAGUAUUCAAUUUUCUUGUUCAUAAGAGAUGUCUUGAUAGUUUGUGUUAUUAUACACACACAAAUGCUUUAUUGAUACAAUUGUAAAAAAAAAAAUGAUAUAAUCGCUGGUCUUUUUAUAAUUUCAAUGUGUUGUUCUGUUGUGAACAAGUUCUAUCGUAUAUCAUUUGUGUUGGUUGUAUGUCCAGCUAAGGGAGUUCAAUCUGUUGGAACCUAUCAAGAGUUUCAUCACUUCUUGUUUUGUUUUGUUAAAGUAAAAUGAAAGAAAUGACAAGUGUUUAUGGUAAGUGUGAUCUAGAGAUGGAAUGUGUCUACAAUUUAUACUUAUCAAUUAGUUCAUCAUUAGUCUGUGAUAUUAGACGGGUCUGUUUUGUGUGUGUGUGUGUAACUUUGCAUUAAUAGUCUCUGUGUUUGGAGAGAUGGGUUGUUUUAUUUUUUUUUGUCACCAUUAAAAUGCUAUUGAGAUUAAAGACAGUAUGAUUAGUGCAUCAAGACUUACAUAAUGUGCUGGGCUCUCAACUCAUGUUGCUCUGUUUUAAGCUGACUGAAUUCUAUUUCCUGGUAGAAACUUGAUUGUAGGCAAACAAGGAAAUGUGUUGUUGUUUUUUCAUGCAUUGACUAGCUAUGAGAAGGAGAUGUGUACUAUUAGCAGUUGGUCUAGUCCAUCCACUAGCCCCUAACCCUGUGCUUGAAUUCAUUGAAAUUUCACAAUAAUCUUGGACAGCUUUAUUUCCCUUGUAUUCAGUUUUCUUGUUCAUCAGCCAGAACUCCAGUGUGAAUGGGAUUUGAUUUGUACUUUUUUUUUAAGUUGGCAGGUGCAAGGCUAUAACUUGCAAUACUCAAUGCCUCAUGUUAAUCCAUUAUUUUAAUGAUGUGUAGGUGAGUUGUUUACAGGUCAGUGAUUUUAUGGAUACUCUAUGGACCAUAGAAGAUACUAGAUCUAAAUGUUUUGUUUUAAAUUAAUCAGUUCACUAUUCAGUUUCAUGUGUCCAUGUAUGUGUACAUAGGUGUGUUCCUGUGGAUGAACAAGUCUGUCCAUGUACUGUGUAUGCUGUGUACAAAUUUAAAACAAACUAUGUACAAUACAAUACUCUGUCAUUUUGAACCAACUUCACUUGUUUUACUCAUAUUAAGUAAUUCAUGCUAUUUAUAUUUAUUAUUUGGUGAGCCCCAUUGGGAAUAUUGGCAAAAUGUGUUUAGCUCUGGAUCAUUAGGCCAGAUUUUGUGUAUGUAAAAAUGAAGCCAUUCCUGUAUUUGAUGUCAAAAGUAGGUGUUACUUUUAAUAAAAGUCAAUAAAAUAUUUCGGCAAUCUAAA